CGAAGAAGCCCCUCGCUAACUUUUUCAUCAAGACUCCAUUGUUUUUGAGCUCCCUCUCUCCCUAAGCGUCGAUCGUCUUACAUUCUACAGUUCCCGCCGUAUGUGUUGCGUACUGCGAAGGUCCCAGAUUAUCGAUAAUGUCGGAAAGACCUUGUCUUUACGGUUCGGUUCAGAAUAGGAAAAGGUAGUACGAUGAUGAACAACCCUCCUCGCUAAGUAAACCCUCCUCGCUCGCCCUUUAACAUUCGCACGUUCACACUGGCCGUGUUCCGUCGGUGGCGAGAUUCUUUUCGGUGGGGCUUGACUCCCUCCAAGACCGAGACCAAAUGGGAGCACUUGGGUCGAUUUCGAUCGGCUUCUGGAUGCCCAAUUGAAAGAUGGGUCGCUGGCGCUUGGCUGCUUGAUAGUGUGUCCUGAAGUGCUGAACUUGUUUCUGGUGUCGGCAUUUGACGCGAGUUUCGUUUGCAAUUUCAAUGGUUUGAUGGGUGUCUAUUGGGUGGCUGUGAUCUGCUCAACUCGAUGCUGAUGCUCGGAAAUGGUUGUCGUUUUAAUGGACCUUUGCAAAUCUCAUUGUGAUAUGCAAUCCAAAAUGGUCUUUCCGACUUGCCAUUGAGUUCAUCUUACCUGCAGUGAAAUGGGUGCAUACAGAACUUUGGAUUUUGUUAUCAACGACAUCCUAAUGGCUGUAAAGCCGCAACAACAGGAUUGGGUGACUCGAUUUCAUAUCAUAGAUGAAUUGCGAAAGGUUAUUGAAUCUGUGGAAAGUUUGAGAGGUGCAACUGUGGAACCAUUUGGGUCAUUUGUGUCUAAUCUUUUCACUAGACAGGGGGACCUGGAUAUCUCUGUUCAGUUACCCAAUGGUUCAUAUAUCUCGGCUGCUGGAAAGAAACUUAAACAGACACUAUUAGGAGACUUAUUGAAAGCCUUGAGACAGACAGGUGGGUGGCGCAGGUUGCAAUUCAUUGCCCAUGCUAGGGUACCCAUAUUGAAGAUUGAGAGCAAAUACACGAGCAUCUCUUGCGACAUUUCAAUUGAUAAUCUGCAUGGCUACAUUAAGUCAAAGUUCUUGUUCUGGAUCAGUGAGAUUGAUGGACGCUUUCGAGAGAUGAUUUUGCUUGUCAAGGAAUGGGCUAAAUGUCAUGAUAUAAACAAUCCAAAGACUGGGUCUUUCAACUCUUUCGCUCUUUGUUUGCUCGUGAUCUUUCAUUUUCAGACUUGCGCCCCAGCGAUUUUACCUCCUUUGAGAGACAUCUACCCUUGUAGUGCCGUUGAUGAUCUCCAAGGUGUGAGGGCUGAUGCAGAAAGGAGAAUAGCAGAAACCUGUGCUGCUAACAUAGCCAGGUUCAAAUCAAGCAUAUCAAGGCCAAACCGAAGUUCAUUGUCGGAGCUUUUUAUAUCAUUUCUUGCUAAGUUUUUGGGCUUAAAUCUGAAGGCACCAGAGUUUGGGAUUUGCCCAUAUACAGGACAGUGGGAAGAAAUUAGGAACAACAUGAGAUGGAUGCCCCAGACCUAUGCUCUAUUUAUUGAGGAUCCUUUUGAGCAGCCAGAGAAUACUGCAAGGGCUGUUAGCGCCAGACAACUUAAGAGAAUCUCAGAAGCGUUUGAAGUAACCCACCAUAGGCUUACUUCAUACAGUCAGAAUCAGCCCGCUGUUCUUGCCGCGCUGGUCAGGCCACAUGAAGUACAGUUUUUAACAAGGACACCAGUCAGAAAUGGAAAUUACAAUGGAGGUCGCCCUAACAUGACACCAUGGAAUCAGAGAGCAUUAAACUCACCCUCCCAAAUGCAGCAUCAACAUCGGAGAAUGAAAAACAACCGUCAAGGACCCGCACAAAGUUUCACCCACAACUCAGCUGUGCCGCCCAAACCACAUCAGCAUCCUUCAAACGAUUCGACCCCUCAAACACCAAGCGAGCAACAUCAGAAUAAACCGCGGCAAAUGUGGAAGCCUCGAUCUAGCAGUGGAAUUGUUGAUGGUGAAGGCUGUCAAGUUGGAUGAGCGAGCUUGAGCAACUUUCCCCGUGGAUUCCCCCCAGGCUUUUGGUUUACUCGGCUACUUUCGUUUUGCUUUCAUCCGAGUGUGAUGAAAUCCGAUAGAAGAACGGUUGUUAGAGGUUCUAAGACUAUCAACCUCCAAGUGGCAAAGAGAGCUUAAAAAAAUUGAGAAUUGAGUUGGAUGAGGAUAAGGACUUUGUGAAGACGCUGAGGUUUUUAGAUUUUUUGGCAAAGUCCAAAACGCUGGUAAGGUAUUGGUAUCAUCUUCUUUGCCAGAAGAUUUUGCAUCUUUCCCUUAUAUUUGUUACCCCUGAAUUUCGCUCACCUGCAUGUGACUCGCUAGCCCCAUGUUGUGUUGGCUGUUUUGAUCUGUGCGUCAAGAAAAGGAAAUUAUACUGUUCCUGCUGCA